ACAGAGAUCAUUUACUCACACGCUUCCUCCUGUCCUAAGGCACAAUGAAGCUCCUGAUUCUGGUGGUGCUCUUUGGGUUGAGUUUUGCUCAGCACAACCCAAACUUGAAAAAUGGUAGGACAUCCAUUGUUCACCUGUUUGAGUGGCGUUGGGCAGAUAUAGCUGAAGAAUGUGAGAGAUACCUGGCACCAAAUGGCUAUGGAGGAGUUCAGAUCUCUCCCCCAAGUGAGCACGUCAAGCUGUCUAAUCCUUGGCACCCUUGGUGGCAGAGGUAUCAGCCAAUUGGCUACAACUUGUGUUCCAGAUCAGGAACUGAAGCAGAGCUGCAGGACAUGAUCACACGCUGUAACAAUGUUGGGGUGAACAUUUAUGUGGAUGUUGUCAUCAACCACAUGUGUAAAUCAUUUCAUGGAGAGGGCACUCCCUCCAGCUGUGGAUCAUACUUCAACGGAAACAAGGAGGACUUUCCCUCUGUUCCCUACUCAUAUUUGGACUUCAAUGAUGGCAAAUGUAAAAGUGGCAGUGGGAACAUUGAAAACUACCACGAUAUUUACCAGGUCAGAGAUUGUCGCUUGGAAGAUCUCCUGGAUUUGGCUCUGGAGAAGGACUAUGUUAGAGGAAAAUUGGCCGACUAUCUGAACAAACUGAUCGAACUGGGUGUGGCUGGAUUCAGAGUUGAUGCUUGUAAGCACAUGUGGCCUGGGGAUCUUACUAAUGUGUACGGCAGACUCAAAACACUCAAUACCAAAUGGUUUCCAACUGGCACCAAGCCCUUCAUUUAUCAAGAGGUUAUUGACUUGGGUGGGGAGCCCAUUACAGCCAGUGAGUACCAUGGGCUUGCAAGAGUGACAGAAUUCAAGCACAGUGCGAAACUGGGCACAGUGGUUCGUAAAUGGGAUGGAGAGAAGCUAAGCUAUCUGAAGAACUGGGGAGAGGGCUGGGGUUUCAUGCCUUCUGAUAAAGCCGUGGUGUUUGUGGACAAUCAUGAUAAUCAGAGAGGCCACGGUGCUGGUGGAGCUUCUGUUCUGACAUUCUGGGACUCUAGGCUUUAUAAGAUCGCUGCAGGGCUCAUGUUGGCUCAUCCAUACGGUGUGACCAGAGUCAUGUCUAGCUACCGCUGGGAACGUAAAAUUGUGAACGGAAAGGAUGAGAAUGACUGGAUGGGCCCUCCAAGCUAUUCUGAUGGAUCCACUAAGCCAGUACCCAUCAACCCAGACUCCACCUGUGGGGACAACUGGGUGUGCGAACACAGAUGGCGUCAAAUCAGGAAUAUGGCGAUUUUCCGUAAUGUGGCCAAUGGCCAGCCUCUCUCCAACUGGUGGGACAACGGAAAUAAUCAGAUUGCCUUUAGCCGUGGCAACAAAGGAUUCAUUAUCAUCAACAAUGAUGAUUGGGCUUUGGAUGUGACACUGAACACUGGCUUGCCCAUGGGUACGUACUGUGACGUCAUCUCUGGAGACAAGAGUGGGAGCAGUUGUACAGGGAAACAGGUAUCAGUGGCCGCUGAUGGACGUGCCACCUUCAGCAUCAGUAACACAGAAGAAGAUCCAUUCAUUGCCAUCCAUGCUGAUUCCAAACUGUAGAGUCAGUGAGGUUAAUAUUACAAUAAAUCACAAUCAUUGAACUGAAA